CAGCGAUUGCGGAAACAUGUCAAGAUCAGAGCGGAGUCUGCUACUCCUUAUCAGCAUCGCUUGCUGUGCUUUGGGGCUUAUCUGCUUGGCAACGGCGGAUAGUUCCAGGGGCUACAAUCCCCUUGCACGUCCCGUGGCAGAGGCCGUCGAGCGGCUGUACAAUCAGGUACUGCAUUCCACCAUCGAGGAUGCACGCCAGCGACUGCCACACCUCAAUGACAGCGAAGCCAUCGAUAAGCAGUACUUUGACGAUCUGGAUAGCACUUUGGGGAACGAGGACUACUACAGCACGGCGUACUACAUCUUUGCGUGGAUAAACAGCCAGUUGAUGGCCCAACAGCGGCCCGACAAGCUGCUCCUGGAAGUCCUUCCCGGCGAGAAGGCGGCCAUACGGAACUUCUUCCACAAGGUGCGACCACCGUUGGAAAAGUAUCUGCAACGCAGCCAUCAAUCGAGGCCCGAGCUAAUAGCCAAUGUCACCCGGUGGGCAGGCCAACAGCAGGACAGUGUGGUGAUGUCCUACAUUGAGUUCCCUCGCAGUCUGCAGGCCCAGAUACCAGAACUCCAGCUGAUGGACUACACGAAACUGGCCAAGGCUCUCAUCGAGGGUGUGGCCACGGGCAUAUGGGGGUCGCUUUAGAGAUACGCAAAAGAAGUUUAAAUUGUUUAAAGCAGUCUCGCUUUGGCUUUGAAAAGAACUUUUCCUAUUUUUCAAGGGCAAUUUUAGUUUAAUUAAAAAUAGUUUUGAUGAGCA